GGCAAAACUUCAAUUGCUGGGAGCAUCAUUUUUGGAAUUUCUAUAUGGCUCCGAUUGCAAAAGAUCGAUGACUCUUUCAUCCUUGUUUCAAAUUUGAUGAUUGGAAUCGGAGCCAUCAUCACAGUGCUGGGGUUUCUUGGGUGUUGUGGAGCUGUCCAAGAAAGCCGCUGCAUGCUGCUGUUGUUCUUCAGUGGAUUGAUGAUCAUCUUUUUGCUCUUCGUUGCUGUAGGAAUCAUGGGAGCAUUAAACAAACCUGAGAUUUACAGAGACGAUGUUAAAAAUGAACAGAAGAAAAUCAAAAUGAUCGUCCUUGGAAUACCGUUUGGACUGGCAGCUUUAAUGAUAUUUGGAAUGAUCUUCUCGAUGGCCCUCUUCUGCCAAAUCGGUAGUACAUAAUGACAUCCGUGACCCUGUGGAUAAAAAUGAAGGAGUGUUUGGGGAGAAAAGCCAAAACGACAACAAACCAGCUGGGUGACUGUUUGUAGUUUGUACAAUGAAUGUUUUAUUUUAAACUUGUUAAUAAUUAAGUGGACUCUGUUGUCAAAUAUCAGUUAUUUGAAUCUUAGUCAUACACUGAAACCUUUUAAUUGUUCUCCACUCUUUAAAUUUUCUAUCAUUGUCUGA